AUGUUUGCAGAUUCACCACCGGACGCGCUGGAUCUACUGCAGAAGAUGCUGGUGAUUGACCCAAAGAAACGAAUCAGCGUAGACGAUGCACUUGCACACCCGUACUUGGCAUCGAUUCGCAACGUGGAGGAUGAGACCACGGCCACUUCAAGCUUCGACUUUGACUUUGAAAACGAAAAGCUGACGAAGCCAGUGUUGCAGAAGCUCAUCUGGGAUGAAAUGAGGCAUUUUCAUCCAGAGGUUGGCGAGGGAUCAAGCGCAAGUGCCAAGAGUGACGAAGUAGACAACCACAGCUUUGCUACGACUGAGACGUCUAUCACGCCGGUGACCCCCGUGAACCCUGCUACUGCUAAACAGGACACUACGGGGUCAUCAGAAGCUACAGCUAGCACUACAGUGACCGAUGUCAAGGAGUCGAUGGCUGUCACGGAAGAAGUGAAGCCGAAAGAUGAUGAUGAUGCUGCUCUUAACGUUGACGAAAGAGAGAGUAUCAAUAGUGAUCAGAAAGUCGUAACGACAAGCAUUGACAGCGACAAGCUCACAGACGCUCAGACGCGACAAGAGGCAGGCGAGCCGGCACGAGAAGUCGCAUAA